AGAUUUCUAACUAGAUGGAUGCUAUAACAUAUAAAUAAGAAAUUGGAAUGGUCUUCAAGAGGAAUGAAGGUGAAAAAGGUCACAUCAUAUGCUCAUGGAUUAUCUGAGUUACUGGGUAUUCAAAUCGAUGCAGCAAUAAAUCCUGGUAAUAGCGGUGGUCCUGCAUUCAAUGACCAGGGAGAGUGCAUCGGUGUGGCAUUUCAGAUCUGAAGAGGUUGAAAAUAUCGGAUAUGUGAUUCCAACUACUGUUGUGUCUCAUUUUCUUGAUGACUACGAGAGGAACGGAAAGUACACUGGUUUCCCUUGCCUUGGGGUGUUGCUGCAGAAAUUGGAGAACCCAGCCCUCCGCGCCUGCUUAAAAGUGCCAUCUAGUGAGGGUGUUCUUGUUCGGAGAGUUGAGCCCACAUCUGAUGCCAGAAAUGUCUUGAAGGAGGGGGACGUGAUUGUAAGCUUUGAUGGAGUUCAUGUGGGGUGUGAAGGGACUGUCCCAUUCAGAUCGACUGAACGUAUUGCAUUUCGCUACCUCAUAAGUCAAAAAUUUGCAGGUGAUGUUACAGAGCUUGGUAUCAUUAGAGCAGGGGAUUUCAUGAAAGUUCAAGCGAUAUUAAAUCCACGGGUACAUUUGGUCCCAUAUCAUAUUGAAGGAGGGCAGCCUUCUUAUUUGAUAGUCGCUGGAUUGGUAUUUACGCCUCUGUCAGAACCACUAAUAGAUGAGGAGUGCGAAGAUAGCAUAGGGUUAAAACUAUUGGCGAAGGCACGCUACUCUUUGGCAAGGUUUGAAGGAGAACAGAUUGUGAUCCUAUCACAGGUCUUAGCUAAUGAAGUUAACAUUGGUUAUGAAGAUAUGAGCAAUGAGCAGGUUUUGAAGUUAAAUGGAACUCGAAUAAAGAACAUACAUCACCUAGCUCAUCUCGUUGAUUCAUGCAAGGACAAGUAUCUAGUUUUUGAAUUUGAAGACAAUUAUGUGGCUGUUUUGGAAAGGGAGGUGGCUUUGGCUGCAUCCACUCGCAUUCUCAAAGACUAUGGGAUUCCAUCUGAAAGAUCUUCUGAUCUUUCGGAGCCAUACGUGGAUUCUGUAGGAGAGAAUCAAACAAUUAUUCUCCCGGAUUUAGGGGACAGUCCAGUUUCAAAUUCUGAAUUGGGCUUUGAUGGGCUUCUUUGGGCAUAGUUGCUAUUUGCCUAAAGCUUAACCUGGAUUCUUAUUACGGCCUUUCUUCCGAAGUGUAGAUCUCCACAAUCUGAAUAAGGUUGUCUAAGCAGCUUUUCUGACCUGACCUUUGUGGCCACUACUACGCCUUAUUACGUUUUGUUGGUCAAAAUAUCUUCCGCAGCUGGAUAACUAUUUUGGGGAGAGCAUGCAGGCCGGGUAAAGAGGUAGCGUUCGGCUUUAUUGUUGUAUGUAUUAGUUGAGAAAACGAAUAAUGAUUAAUUCUUUCUUGAUUCAUUGUAGCAAAAAUAUUACAAUUUUCUAAUUUAAAAGCAAUCAUGCAUUGGAU